AUGGCAUUGCCUUUGCGAACCCUCUUGGCCUCAUUUAUGCUCUUUCUCAUUAUCAUUGCUCUCUGGCUUCCUCACGUUCAUGCAGACGCUAAUCCCUCUCAACACGUAGGAGGGGGCACUAGGAUUGCUCUUUCCCAGCCACGUUUUGUGCCCAGUCCUUGGAGGCAAGCUCAUGCCACUUUCUAUGAAGGAGGCUCCGGAACGUAUGGAGGAGCAUGUGGGUACGAGGAUGUAGAGAAAGAAGGAUAUGGACUUCAGACAGCAGCAUUAAGCCAAGUUCUGUACAAGGAUGGACUCACAUGUGGUGCAUGCUACGAAAUCCGAUGCGUGAAUUCACCAUGGUGUAAGCACAUAAAACCUUCCAUUUUCGUGACGGCCACCGAUUAUUGCCCUCCCAAUUUCAACCUCGCAAGUGACAAUGGAGGAUGGUGCAACCCGCCCGGCGAGCACUUCGACUUGGCCAAGCCUGCUUAUCUCGAUAUCGCCGAGUACCAAGGUGGCAUUGUCCCCAUCAACUACCGCAGGGUAGCAUGCAAGAGGCAAGGAGGCAUUCGGUUCAGCAUAACUGGGAAUCCUUAUUUUUAUUUGGUGUCAUUGUCGAAUGUUGGAGGAGCAGGGGAUGUGGUGGGCGUGAAGGUGAAGGGAAGUAAGAAGGUGAAAUGGACAGUUAUGAGCAGGAAUUGGGGUCAGAAGUGGCAGACAAAUGCCAUGUUACUGGGAGAGUCUUUGAGCUUCCGAGUUAGAACAAGUGAUGGAAGGUGUUCCACUUCGUGGCACGUCACUCCUGAGAAUUGGCAGUUUGGGAUGACCUACCAAGGAAAAAACUUCAAGUGA